AUGUGUAGAUAUGGGACUCCUGAAACCAUAACAACUGAACAAGGUUCAGUUUUUGUCGGCAGAAAGGUAAUGAAGUUUGCUGCAAAGACAUGGAUUAAAUUCUUGACAUUUACUCCCUACUAUGCACAAGCUAAUGGCCAAGUGGAGGCUGAGAAAAAAGUCAUUGUCAACUUGAUAAAAAAACACAUAAGCAAGAAGUCAGGGAGUUUGCAUACAACUCUGAAUCAAGCACUUUGGGCUUGUAGAACUUCGCCUAAAGAGACCACCAAUGAUAUGCCCUUUCGACUCAUGUUUGGCUACAAUGCAGUUCUUCCUACAGAGAUAUGCUUACACUCGAUAAGAAUCCAAAGGGAAAAUGAAAUCCCAUCUGGCCAUUUUUGGAGCAUGAUGAUAGAUGAGUUGGUCGACCUUGACGAAGAAAGACUAUCCGCUUUAGAUGCCUUGAUGUGGCAAAAUAAGAGAAUAGUCGAAACUUAUAAUAGAAAGGUCAUGCUAAAAGUCUUCUCUGCUACUUCCUCUCGACAAGAAGAAUAUAACUUUGGGAAAAUGGUCACCCAAUUGGGAGGGACCCUUUAG